UAGAUCAUGGGUGUCAAACUGGUGGCCCUCCAGCUGUUGCCAAACUACAAGUCCCAUGAGGCAUUGCAAGAUUGACAGUUACAAGCAUGACUCCCAAAGGCAGGGGCAUGAUGGGACUUGUAGUUUCGCAACAGCUGGAGGGCUACAAGUUUGAAACCCAUGCUUUAGAUUGUACGGGUGUCAAACUGGCAGUCCUCCAGCUGUUGCCAAACUACAAGUCCCAUGUGGCAUUGCAAGAUUAACAGUUACAAGCAUGACUUCCAAAGGCAGAGGCAUGAUGGGACUUGUAGUUUUGCAACAAGUGGAGGGCUGCCAGUUUGACACCCUUGCUCUAAGGGAUCUUUGCAAAAUG